CAGUGCCAUUCCUCCCUCUCUCUCGGCGCUGUCUUCUGUCCAUACGGCGCUGGGCCUUCCCGCCAUUUUGUCUGCGGGGACGGGCCGCCUCUCGCUGCAGGAGAGCGACAGCAGCGACGCCGCCGCGCUCCCUCUGAGUCGCGAUGGCAGCCGCGGGAGUAGCAGCUGCUGAGGGCGCCGAAUCUCCCGGCGGAGACGAGGCGCUUCUUCCUCCUUCUUCUUCCCUCGGCGGCGGGGCGAAGGCGACGCGGCGGCUGGGCGACCUGCGGGUCAUCGACCUGCGGGCCGAGCUGAAGCGCCGCAACCUGGACAGCGGCGGCAACAAGAGCGUCCUCCUGGAGCGGCUCCGCGGCGCCAUUGAGGAAGAAGGAGGGAAUCCAGAUGAAAUUCCACUGGCUUCAGAAAGCGCUGGCAAGAGAACUCCCAAAAGGACAGUGAAAGGGCGUAAGCCAGAGGAGGAAGGCGGUGAAGAUAACGGGUUGGAAGAGAACUCAAGAGAUGGACAGGAGGAUAUUGAAGCAAGUUCAGAUAACAUGCAGGAUAUUGACAUGAUGGAUAUUAGUGUUUUGGACGAAGCUGAAAUAGAUAACACCAGCACCGUUGACUGCGGAGAAGACUACAGCUCUGAGAACCUUCUCGACUCUGACAAAGAUAACGUGGAUGCCGAAAUGAAAGAACUUCCUGAGCAGCUGAUGGAAAGCGAGGAGAACGGUGAGGAACUUGAUGAUCCGCUUGACACUGAUUUGCCCGGUUUAACUGCAGUGAAGGACCUAGAAGAGCAGCAUUCAGAACCAGAAAAUGAGAAAAUGCUCGACAUUUUGGGUGACACUUGUAAAUCUGAUCCCCUUAAAGAAGAAGCUUCUGAAGCAGAGCAGGCACAGGAAGCGAAGAUCUCGUUGCCGGUCAAAACGGAAGCGGAGGAAGAGGAAGACGCGCCGGCCGCUGCCGCCGCCGCCCAAUCGGACGGAGAAGAUCUUUUAGAUACGGACAGCCAGUCAGGCCGGGCUGCGGCCAGGAGCGAGGAGGAGGAAGCGAAGCAUUUAGUGGUAGCCAAAGGGGAGCCGGGCGAAGAGGCAGUAGAGGAAGCUAACCUGGACUCUGACUCUUUAGCGGUAGAGAGGAGGAGUGGAGGAGGAGGAGGAGGAGGAGGAGGAGGAGGUGAGAUUAGCACAGCAGCCCAGACUCUGGAAGCCAGUAGUGAGGAAACUGCGGAGAAGGACGCAGGUUCCCAAGGGGUUAGCCAAGAUGACGAGAAGAUGGAAGCCAAGGCUAAUUGUGAGGAAGAGUCCUCUGCCCAAGAGGGUGGUGAUCAAAACCUGAGUUCUGAAGAGAGCAGAGAUGCAAAACCGCCUUCGAAAGAGGAGAAAGGCCGCAGCGCUGCCGCUUCCGGUCGGAACUUCUGGGUGAGCGGCCUGGCUUCCACCACCCGAGCGACAGACUUGAAGAACCUCUUUAGCAAAUAUGGAAAAGUGGUUGGCGCAAAAGUGGUGACCAACGCUCGCAGCCCAGGCGCUCGGUGUUACGGUUUUGUGACAAUGUCCACAGCUGACGAAGCCACAAAAUGCAUUGCCCAUUGCCACAAAACGGAAUUACACGGGAAAAUAAUAUCUGUUGAACGAGCAAAAAAUGAACCUGCUACGAAGAAGCUUUUGGAGAAGAAGGACAAUGAGGUGAAGACUGAAACUUCAGCCAGUGAUAGGUCUGCCGGUGCAAAAAAGAACGAGAAGGCUGACCAGAAAGAAGACACCAAGAAGGCAGAACAAAAGGAUGAGAAGGGGAAAGAGGAACCAAGAUCUGGAUCUGCCGAUCAGUCAAAGACACCAAAAUCGGGAAGCAAAGCUACCGAAAGGACAGUGGUAAUGGAUAAAUCGAAAGGCGAACCUGUAAUCAGUGUGAAGACAACCACAAGAUCAAAAGAGAGAAGCGUCAAGAGCCAGGAGCGCAAAUCGGAGAGCAGAGAGAAGAGCAGAGAGAAGAGCAGAGAGAAGAGCAGAGAGAAGAGCAGAGAGAGGCAACGGACUGCGUCCUUUAACAAAAGCAGAGAUCAGAGACGGCUGAGUGAGGAGCCACACCGCCCCCGCAUCCGUCGGGACAAACAGAAACAUAUGCGCUCCAUCUGGGAGAUGGAGGAGAGGGAGAAGCUGGAGGUCACCCGGGAGAAGCUGGAGUUUGAACGGUCGCGCCUGGAGCGGGAGCGCCUGGAGCGGGAGCACCUGGAGCGGGAGCGCAUGCACAUCGAGCACGAGCGGAGGCGGGAGCAGGAGCGCAUCCAGCGGGAGCGGGAGGAGCUGCGGCGGCAGCACGAGCAGCUGCGCUACGAGCAGGAGCGGCGAGUCGCCCUGAGGAGGCCGUACGACCUGGAUGGGAGGAGAGACGAACCGUAUUGGCCGGAGGCAAAGCGGAUGGCAAUGGACGACCGUCAUCGCUCGGAUUUCAGCCGCCAGGAUCGUUUCCACGACUUCGAUCACAGGGAUCGCGGGCGGUACCAAGACCAUUCCCUGGACAGGAGAGAAGGCUCACGAGGAAUGAUCGAUCGAGACGGACCGCAUCAUGGAGACGAUCGCCAUGGCGGACCAGAUCGCCACUCACGGGAUGGCUGGGGCAGCUAUGGGUCUGACAGGCGCAUGAGUGAGGGGCGGGGAAUCCCUCCGCAGUCCCGAGAUGGACGUGACUGGGGAGAUUAUGGCAGAAAGUUUGAAGGCCACCAAGACCGCUCCUGGCAGAGCAAUGACAGGGGCGCAAUGGGACGGGAUCACGAGCGAUGGCGAGGUGGAGGCCGGGGGAGACGUGGCCACAUGAUGCGGCGAGGCGGAAUGUCCCGGCGGGGAGGAUUCAUGCAGAGCGGUCCACAGGGCCAAGCGUCGCACAGCGGGGAGGUGCAAGAAGGCUUCUCUGGGCAAGACAGAGGAAGCCGGCCCAACGAUCCUCGUUUCAGCCGCCGCUAUUGAAUGUUUUAGCUUCUUCUUUUUUUAUUAACUGUACAAAACGGCAACACAAGAAGAAAAUACAGACACUACUACUCAGUGUACCACUGACUGUGACUUUUAAGUUAACCUGCAUUGUUUUAUUUCAUAGCUCAAUAUGUGAAGAAGAAGCUAUUCGGCUUUUGUUUUUUUGUAACGUGUUUCUGUACGUGCUGCACCUGCCCCCUGCACACACACGCAAUCUUACCGUCCCCCCUCCUCAUGAAAAGAAAAUGUUUCUUUUACGAGGCAUUCCAUUUUCUAUAAAUAAAGAAAUUAAAAAAAAAGUUUACAGUUA